AAAGCUUUAGGCAUCUCUGUCAUUACGAGAGAAUAAAAUAAGUAAAUUGCUAAGAAGAAAAUUAAUAAAAUGUUGCAAAUAAUUUGUGAUUUCUGAUUGCAAAAUAUAAUUAAGUGUCUUUAUUUUCAUUUGUACUCAAAUAUACGUAUAAAAAGUGUAUCAAAGUGUUUACGAACAAAAAUUCCGUAAUCUAAAGAAAAGUAGAAUUUCCAACGAAAGUCAGAAAAAAAGAAUUCACUGUUUUUCUUCGUUUGCUUUGUUUUAUGUAUUCGUUUUUGGACAUUUACUAUCAAAAUUUUGUUAUACCGGCCAAUAGUUCAUGGAGCGUAAUAAUAAAACUUAACGGGACGCUUAAUUACUACUCUAUAAAAGAAAAAGCGAAAAUAAGAAAAAAUGUCAAGUUCUAUGUUCAUUGAAAGCAGUGCGUUGUCCAAGGAUGUUGAUGAUUACCACUCAGCUGAUUCGAAUUUGGUUGUUGUCUAUGGUAAAAAGGGAAUUAGUUUUGAUGAGAGAGGCUUAGAAAAUUUAAUGGAAGAAAAGAAAAUAUCAUCCAUAAGUGUUAUACGCUUAACAUCCCCAACUCCUAGUAUGGAAAAUGAGGAAGCCGAAGCAGCGAAAUUGGAAGAAAUGUUACGAAGGCAGGAGCUUGGAUCCGAUGAAGGUUCUGAAGGCGAAGAGAAUGAAGGCAACAAUCACGAUGCAGACGAGGAUAAGUGCAAUUCGGAUGUCGCGGAAAAUUCUAACGACGAAGAAGAAGAUAAACAGACCAACGAAGAAUCUGAUAAUGAAGGUGGCAGCAGCGAUGAGAAACAACGUGAAAAUAAGAACAAAGUUAAAAAGAAACCAAAACGUCGUGGCCGGAUACCAAAUGCUUUAAAGUUAAAGAAGCUACGACCGAAACCACCAAAACGUGAGCGUCCCGAAAUAGUGGGAUUACGGGUAGAAGAGUUCUAUCCACCUGAAGAUGCCAGUGAAAUUAUCAAGGAGGCCUUAAAAAAGGCUGGUUUAAGCUCCUUUAAGCGUAACAAUGAAGAAUAUCAAUUCCAAUUGUUGGUAAUAAAAAACGAUCACUGUUACACUCCGUUCACGUCGCCUACGCAAAUGAAAGCAAAACUAGCGGCCGACAAAUUAGAAAAUGAAAAGCAGGCGUCGCUGCGUAAAACAGGAGGACCGCAAUCUUCAGCAGCGAAACAGCUUCUCACACGUAAGAAAACCGCGAAUAACGGAAUGUCGUUUAAAACGUUGUCCGCAAUAAGUACAAAGGAAAAGUUGAAUUCCACCAGCGCAAUCAAAUCUAAAAAAGAUCUCAAAGAUAGAAAACAAGUAACAGAAGAUGAUUUUGAUAGAACUGAGGAUGGCGCUCUUUCCUCUGAUGACGAGCAAGCGAACAACGAUGAAGUUAUUGACGAUGAAAAUGAAUUUACUACAAGCGAUGAAUCGGCUGAGACUGAUAAUGAUCGGGACAGUGAUCUAGAUUUCGACGUUAACAAUCGAAAUGGACGCAAACGUAAAGUUAAGCCAGGAAGAAAUUCUAAACGCAAUGCAAGUGUUGUUAAAAGUGCACAAAAACACAGGCGUUUUCAUAAUCAAGAUGAUCCGGAAGAACUCCCGGCUAAAUCGAACCCUACUCACGUUUCAAUUGUACCCAACCUACGUCUAAAACCAAAUAAUAGCAGGACAAUUUCAGAUCACUCUCGCAUUACAAUACGCUCAACCGCAACGAAAAUAACGCAUAGCAGUGGCGCAGCCGCCUCUGCAACGGCAGCUAGCAGCGCAACAAUGCCGUCGAACGUCAGCAGUAACGACAAUUCAUUAUUGGAUGGUAAUAAACUUAACGCUAAUAAAACCGUUACCUUGUCGAGUGAAGGAAAUUGCACCACUUCUAAUGCCACUGCGAACACAAGUGCGAAUAAUACUAACGCUUUACGCAAAUCUACAAAUAAUCCUCAAAAAAUUAUCAACACAAGCAAUAAUCAAAUUAAAGAGUCGACCGCUCCUCUUGCUGCUCCAAGUAAGACUCCUUUAUUGGCCAGCUCCGAAGAUGCUUUACCCGAUGAUAUAUUGCAACAUGUUGCUAAAUUGGCGGAGGACAGCAAAUCCAUCCAGGACGUAGUCGAAAAACAAGUUUCUGGGCGCGCUACUGUAGGCGCGGAAGAACCCAUUUCGGUAAACGCAAGCAAUAUUAAAAGUUCAUUACCAGAAGAAGUCUUGCAGCGCGAAGUCGCACCUAUUACAACAACAACGGCCACCACCAGCGGAACAGCACUGCCAAACGCAGACAAUAAAUCCUUAUUGGAUGAUAAUAAAUUUGUAGGUAAUAAGACUGCUAUCAUGCCGAGUGAAUCAAAACGUGUCGCUACCAAUACCAUUACAUCUUCAAAUGCAAACAAUGAUAGAGAUUUACUUGAACUUGCUACAACUUCUCAACCAAGCACCAGUACUAACACCGCAGAACAAACUAAACAAACCGAUUUGGUUGCGGUUGCCGUUGCAGCCAAGUCUCCCUUAUUAACUAGUCCAGACGAUGGUCUACCAGAUGACAUAUUGCAACAUGUUGUUGAGUUAAUGGAGGAUGACAAAUCUCUUCAGGAAGCAGUUGAAAAGCAAGUCUUUGACAAUGCUGUUAUGGAUACUGAAGAAACCAUUUCGGUAAACACAAACAAUAUUAAAAGUUCAACUCCAGCGAAAAUAUUGCAUGCCGAUGGCGUAACCGCUGCGACAACUGCGGUCACCGUCAGCGCUGCAUCACUGCCAAACGCAAACAUUUGCAGCAAAUCGUUAUUGAGUAAUAAUAAAUUUAUUACUAGUCAAAUCGUUACGUUGUCGAGUGAGUUAAACUGUGCCACCAUCAAUACCACUGCGAACACAACUGCGAGUAAUGAGGAUUCUUCACAUAUAUUAACUCUCACUCCUCAAACAACCCCAAAUGUCAGCUUCAUCAGCCAAACCAAACGACCGGUCUCUCCUGUUACCGUUACUCCAGCAACUAAAACAACUAUGUGGUCUGGAGAUACUACAGUUGGGGAUAUUGAUAUUUCUAGUGCUCCGCUAUUGGCCAGCCCUGACGAUGAUUUACCCGAUGAUAUAUUGCAGCAUGUUGUUGAGUUAAUGGAGGAUGACAAGUCUCUUCAAGAAGCAGUGGAAAAACAAGUCUUUGGUAGCGCUGUUAUGGAUGUUGAAGAAUCCAUUUCGGCAGACAUAAGCAAUAUUAAAACGCCCGUUUCAAAUCCGCCACCUUUGGCUCCGAUAUCGUCUAAUCAAUCUUUUAAACAUAACAAUGCUAUACAUAGCAGCAUGACUCAGGGAACUCCAAAUACAUUUAAGAGUAUCAUACAAAUGGCCAUAACUAAUGUGCCAACUUCGUCAAUGCCCACGACACCAACUCAGCGUUCCGCAGCUUUGCAAUCGCCGAAAUCGUCACCUUUAGCACGAAAGGAGCCCAUACAAAUCGUAAGAGGGAAUGGUCGUGUAAUAACUUUACCUCCUAUUGAGGCACCAAAUACACGGGCAAAACGGCGUGCUCAAACUCAGCCGUACCAAUCACAGGGAUCAAAUUUGAAUGCAACCACAACAGUUAUAAUUAAUGACUCGUCUUUGGACGGUUCUCAACAAUCGAACGCUUCCGCAUCAAGCACGUCUACAGUGUUCGAGAAGAAAGCACUUGACACACAAAAUCGCAAAAGAAUCUCUAAAGAAAAUACAAUUGGAGCCAACCAAAGGGCUUCACGAAAAGGAAGUGCUAAAAAGGCGACGGGUAAUAAAGCAAAUAAGCAACAAGCUGAUAGCACAGAAUCCGAAAUCGAUGAUGAUGACGAUCCUAAUAAGCUAUGGUGUAUUUGCCGUCAACCGCAUAAUAACCGUUUUAUGAUAUGUUGUGACGUAUGCGAGGAUUGGUUUCAUGGCACCUGUGUUAACAUUACCAAGGCAAUGGGUUUGGAGAUGGAACAAAAAGGCAUUGAUUGGACUUGCCCGAAAUGCAUUAAAAAGCAAGAGGAAAGGGUGCAACCAAAAAUCACCGAUAUGUUAAGUAAAAAAGUGAUACCUCAGAUUCAGACAGUUGCUACACCACUGCCUAGCACUGUAACAAGUACUGACAUGUCAGUAAUUUGCUCAACCAUAAAUACAGCGCCGUCGACGACAUUCUCCGCCAACAUUGGAGAACCUAAGGUUUCUUUUCAGGCCAUUGAUACUUCUAAAAUCAAACGUUUGCCAGCGAGGCAGUUUAUAGCCGUGAAAGACUUAAGUGGAGGAAUUAGGAAAAGCAUUAUUGUCUCAAGUCCCGCAACAAAUCCCAAAGAAGUAUUAGUUACUAGCAGCGGUCAACAUGUCAGUCCGUUAACGUCACCUUUGAAAGGAUUCAUAUCCGUUAAACAACAACCGAAGUCAAAUAACCCACUCCCGCAACCGCAGCAGCAUAAUAUAAGGGUACAAAAAAUCAUACAAGCAAUUGUCACCUCAGCCACUCAGUCUACGAGAAUCUCAAAUACUAUUGUCACAACAGCGCCUAGAAAACAACCAACGACAUUUUGCAUAGUCUGCAAGAGGGCAGCGCGAGCUAAUUCAAUAUACUGCAGUGAUGAUUGUAUACGGAAACAUGCACAAUCCGCUUUAAACACACUGACGGCUAAAACACAGGCGGAGCCACCUGGUCCAAGCGGCAGCAGUAAUUCAAGUAAACAAUCAGCCGACGAUAAAACGAAAAAGAAAUCGAAAGGUCUCUUCGAAGACCUUCUCUCAAUGGCUGAUCGUAAACCAAAAGUUGAGAGGGUGAGUGUCUUUGAGCGUAAAUCCGGUCGAAUUUUAACAGGAGUAAGUGCACCCACGACGCUUAAUCUGAAGAAAUGGCUACAAGAUAAUCCCACUUUUGAAGUGGUUCAGCCAGGAAGCUCGCAAGCUUUAGAUAUUGAGAAGAGACAAAAGCAGCGAUCGUUGCAAACUACUUCGGCGCAUACCAUAUCGCCUCCUCCCUUAAAAUUAUCUACAAUGUAUGCACAAAAACCUGACACAUCAACAAUUACUUCAGAGCUUCAAACGAGACCUUCAACUCCGCAAGUUAAGUCAUUGAAAACAAUAUCGGAUUAUAUUAAAGCAUCUUCAUCAUCGCCCAGUCCGCGCCCAAGCACGCCGAAGCAGUUACAAAAAUAUCCGCAACACCCUUCGAUAAGACCCGAUAAGAUUAUCAAAACUCCCGAAGAUAAGGUAGCGAAAGAAAAACCUGCGAAACGACCAUCCAGCCAAGGAGAAACUAGCAGCAAUGCCUCUAUGAGCUCCAGCAAAUUGGAUUCUGAACCCAUACGUCUGAAUGUAAGACGUACACUCAAAGAGCAAUUGUUGCAGCGUAUGCAUGAAGAAUUGAAAGCAUUUAGUGAUAAUGAGCAAACCAAUAAAACUCGCCGAAUACCCAAACUGUCUACGGAAGAGAUUAACGAAUUCGCUAAAGCAACUGAAAUAGAAAUGUACAAUUACUUCAGUCGCGAUACUGGAAAUAAAUAUAGGGCCAAAUACCGUUCGCUUAUAUUUAACAUUAAGGAUCGAAAAAAUCAAACGUUGUUCGCUAAGAUUUGUGGGAAGUUGCUUGAACCGAAACAAUUGGUACGAAUGUCGCCAGAAGAAAUGGCAAGUCAAGAACUGGCACAAUGGCGGGAAAAUGAAGCUAAGCAUCAAUUGGAAAUGAUUAAAAAAUCGGAACUUGAUUUACUUUCUUGUGCUAAAAACUAUGUUUUAAAAACUCAUAAAGGCGAGGAAGUAAUAGAAGAUAAAUCUGCCGCUGGUUAUACAAACUUAGAUUUAACAAUACCUGUGGAGGAUGUAGUUUCAGCCUUAACUCAAUCUUCAGUAAGCAGUUCAAUAGAAGCGAUUGAAGAAGCAUCACCAUCGGCAGUGAGAAAAGAACAGUCGGAAGUUGACUCUUCGCUAGCCACACGCAUUGAAUCAAACUCACCUCUGCUACAGUUUGAUAAAGUCAAAGUUGAUGAAAAAUUAAAGCCAUCUACUCACAGCAAAGAAAAAGAGAAAGAGAAAGAAAAAAUUAGAGAACGCGAUCACGAAAAACGACCAAAAAGUAAAGAUCGUCAUCGCGAUAAAUCACGUUCACGUAAACGUAGCCGUAGUCAUUCGCGAAGCCGCAGUCGUAGUCGCGAAAGAGAGAAGCGCCACAAAAGUUCACAUAAAGAUGAGAGGCGAGAUCGUGAGGAGAGGGGACGUGAUAGGUUUAUCAAAGAUCGGUUCAGAGACCAUACAGAGCGCGACAGUUAUGGCGACAAUCAUGACAAAAGGGUCUCUAGUGAUAAAAGGUCAAGCAGCACGAUCAGACCAGUAUCCAGCAGCACAACCAAUAAAGACAGAUAUCGUGAUAUUGCUGCGAACUCCUCCUCGACGGCAAUUGUAAGUACUUCAAAAAAACAGACCCCAACGCAAAUCUAUCAACCAACUUAUGCAAAUGUUACGAAGCCUUUGGGAGGAUUUAGCUUAAUUGAUCAAAUACUAGAAUCCACAAAAACCGUUGAAGAGGCGGCCAAUUUAAUAAGCGAUAAGGAGCGAGAAAAUAAUUCCAAGUCUUCAGCCACUUCUUUGCCGGGUCCAUCCAUCACAAGUAGCAAUAUGGAUUCUUUCCAAAAAAGUCAGCUAGCGAAAUUAUCCAGUUCACUUACAAACGAAAGCGAUCAAGAACCUACGAGUACGGUAUCGAUACCCACACCGCCACACGAUCCCUACAUACGCUUCAACGCUGCUGAUUCGCCAAAUUUCCAGGGCAACAUUAUGCGAUAUAAUACGAAUUUGUGGUCUGGAAAUUUGAAUAUGAUUGAUGUGGCUUCAUUUCAAAUAAUUCUCCAACCAAUAUUGGGUAACUGCACAAAUUUAAGCAAAAUAAUGCCAAAUGAAUUGGAUGUAGUGGGGCGGAUUAGUCCCGACACAGUUUGGGAUUACAUCUCAAAAAUUAAAAAAAGUCCUAAUAAAGAAAUUAUCAUCAUUCGUUUAAUACCGGCAAAUGAAUCGGAAACUUCGGCCUACACAAUACUCUACCAGUAUUUAGAAAAUCGCAAUCGUCUCGGCGUUAUCAAAACUACAUCGUCACAACUGAAAGACUUUUAUAUUUACCCAUUGGGUGCUGGAAAGUAUAUGCCCUCCGUUCUUAGACCAGUGGAACAUGUCGAGUUUUAUGAAGACCCCUGCAGGCCAGAUAUAUUAGUGGGCGUUAUUAUACGAGUUGUGGGGAAACGAAUUCAGCAGGUAGCAGUCGCUCCAAGCACAUCGACGACUAACAAGAUUGCUCCACGAUCAAAUGAGAGAGAACCAGAUUCUUUCACGCCGCCUGGUAGUCCGAAAUAUGUUAAAAAACGUCGACAAUCAACGGUGCAGAAAGUGGAUGAUAUUGAUAUAGACGCUAUAAUAAAGGCUCCCAUUGUAGCCAAAACGCAAAAAGCUGCGAACGAUGCUGAUGAACCUUAUUCACCUGGCGGCAGUUCAGAUGAUGAUGACGUACCUCUGAUGCCUGUUAAAUUACCAACUGCCAAUGCUGGUGAGAUAGCACCAUCGUCAUCCGAUGAUGAUCUUAAACGUAAAAUGGAUGAAAUCAAUAGACAAAUUGCGGCGCAGGAAAUGGAAAUUGCCGGUUUACUUACAGGCGAACCAACGGCAUUUGCAGCAACUUCGGCAACUUCCAAUGUCUUGGCUAAUAUAUCAAUACCAUCGAAUUUAUCGCAAAUUUUGGCUAGUAUAAAUAUAAAACCAGCUGUGGCAGCGGGAGAACCACAGCCACCUCCUCCUCCUCUAAUAGGUUCAUUGAUAAAAUCGAAAACUGUUGCUUCGGCCGAAGAUGUCGGUAUCGAAGAAUAUAACCCUACCGAAACUUUAAAUAAAAACGUUGAGCCAAACGAUAAACCGACUGCUGCAAAUGUGAGCUCAAAAUCCAGCCGUUUAGCUCAAUUGAGUGAAGCCGAGCUUCUUAGUAUGGUACCGGAUGAUAUAAUAAUUGAGAAAACUCCUGCUCCCGAAAGUUACGACGAGGAACCGCCCCCUCCGGGUGUCUAAAGUUAUUAACUAUUUUAGAUUUAUAAAAUUGCACACAAUAUAAAUACUCAACUAAAAAAUAUUUCGGAUGUGUGAAUAGAAUUGAGAGUUAAUGAAUAUGCUAAUGAAUUUACGUGUAUUAAAAAAA